CAGAUUAUGGAGGAAGCUGUGACAAGGAAGUUUGUGCACGAGGACAGUAGCCACAUCAUAUCAUUCUGUGCUGCCGUGGAAGCCUGCGUCCUGCACAGCCUGAAGCGGAGAGCAGCCGGGUUCUUGCGCAGUAACAAGAUCGCAGCCCUGUUCAUGAAGGUGGGCAAGAGCUUCCCUCCGGCAGAAGAUCUUUCUAGAAAGGUCCAAGAUCUGGAACAGCUCAUCGAGAACACACGAAACCAGGUACAAGGCGUCCAGGAGAACAUGCGCAAAGUGCAGAAGCUGCCGAACCUGUCUCCCCAGGCCAUCAAGCACCUCUGGAUCCGCACAGCCCUCUUCGAAAAGGUCCUGGAUAAAAUCGUGCAUUACCUGGUAGAAAACAGCAGUAAAUACUAUGAGAAAGAAGCUCUCCUGAUGGAUCCCGUAGAUGGACCAAUUCUUGCUUCCUUAUUGGUGGGGCCUUGCGCGCUGGAGUACACCAAGAUGAAGACGGCGGAUCACUUCUGGACUGACCCCUCCGCUGACGAACUCGUUCAGAGGCAUCGCAUUCACAGCUCAUACUGUCGCCAGGACUCUCCCACUAAGCGCCCUGCUCUCUGUAUUCAGAAAAGGCAUUCGAGUGGCAGCAUGGACGACCGGCCGUCACUGUCUGCCAGAGACUAUGUGGAGUCUUUGCAUCAGAAUUCCAGAGCCACGCUACUCUACGGCAAAAACAACGUCCUGGUGCAGCCGAGAGACGACAUGGAGGCGAUCCCGGGGUACUUGUCCCUUCAUCAGACUGCAGACAUCAUGACGUUGAAAUGGACCCCCAACCAGCUAAUGAACGGUUCUGUGGGAGAUCUGGACUACGAGAAAAGUGUGUACUGGGACUAUGCCAUGACCAUUCGCCUCGAGGAGAUCGUCUACCUGCACUGUCACCAGCAGGUAGACAGCGGUGGGACAGUAGUUUUGGUGAGUCAGGAUGGAAUUCAGAGGCCUCCGCUCAGGUUCCCCAAAGGAGGGCACCUGCUUCAGUUUCUGUCCUGCCUAGAAAAUGGUCUCCUCCCUCAUGGACAGCUGGACCCACCUCUUUGGUCACAGAGGGGGAAGGGGAAGGUGUUUCCAAAGCUGAGAAAGCGAAGUCCCCAGGGCUCUUCCGAGUCGGCAUCUGAUAAGGAAGAUGAUGAAGCCACGGACUACGUUUUCCGGAUAAUCUACCCCGGCACGCAGUCAGAGUUUGUGCCCCAGGAGCUGAUAGACACACCAGCCAGCAGCCUGCCUUCCAUGUGGCAACCUAGCACCCGCAAGUCCUCCUGCUCCUCGUGCUCCCAGAACAGCUCCUCCGAUGGUGGCCCAUCCAACGGCUGCAACCACGAAAGAACCCCACUAAAGCUCCUGUGUGACAACAUGAAAUACCAGAUCCUCUCCCGGGCUUUCUAUGGCUGGCUGGCGUACUGUCGACAUCUCUCCACCGUGCGAACCCACCUGUCCGCAUUGGUUAACCACAACAUUGUGUCUCCUGACCUGCCAUGUAAUGCCAGCUGUGGACUGACUGCAGAGAUAUGGCAAAAAUACCUGCAGGAUAGCACGAGUUACGAGGAGCAGGAGUUGUUACGGCUCAUCUACUACGGUGGGAUCCAGCCUGAGAUCAGGAAAGCCGUCUGGCCCUUCCUCUUGGGCCACUACCACUUCGGGAUGACGGGAGCUGAGAGGAGAGAGGUUGACGAUCAGAUCCGGGCCUGCUACGAACAGAUCAUGGCGGAAUGGCUGGGCUGCGAGGCCAUCGUUCGGCAAAGGGAGAAGGAAUCCCACGCUGCGGCUCUGGCCAAGUGCUCUUCUGGGGUGAGCUUAGACACCCACAUUCAGAGGAUGAUGCACAGGGAUUCGACUGUCAGCAACGAGUCUUCCCAAAGCUGUAGCUCUGGCAGGCAAAGCCACGCCCGGCUGCUGAGUGACUCCAGCUCCAGCACACAGGUGUUUGAAUCAGUUGAGGAUGUGGAACAGACCGAGGCAGAUGCCCAACUCGAAGACGGCAAACAAGCCAAAAUCCUAAACGGGACGAUCGCCAAUGGCACAUGUUCCCCUGAGCUUGGCCAUCCCUCUUCCCAGACUUUCUACAGCAUGUCUGAGCACAGCUUCAGCACUGACGAGAAUGCGACGGAAUCCAGCAAAACCGGGGCCUGCCACCGAGGGAAAGCCAGUGGGGCAGAGGCCCCGAAACCACAGAGCUCAGCCAAUACACUGUCAGAGGAUAAGCUGGCGGGGGAGGAUCUGCAGGGCCAGGACAGCCUGGAAGGUGAAUGUCCCAUCAAUGGAAGCUUAGAAGUCUUUAUUCCAGUUGGCGGGAGCACAGCGGCGGUUUUGCCUGACAACGAAGCGGUGGGCCUUUCCGUGGUGGAUGAGAGCUGGGCUGAUAGUGAAGCUGAAAAGCGCAGCUUGGUGGGGAGUGAGGACAAUCUGUCGGAGGAACCAGAGAUGGAAAGCUUGUACCCACCGCUGGAUUCACUAGCUGUGGCUGACUUGGCUAACAAUGAAGUUUCUCCCGUCUCCUCAACUGGGGUCACCUAUUCUCCAGAGCUCCUGGACAUGUACACCGUGAACCUGCAUCGCAUUGAGAAGGAUGUGCAGAGAUGUGACCGGAACUACUGGUACUUCACACCUGCCAACCUCGAGAAGCUCCGCAACGUCAUGUGCAGCUACAUCUGGCAGCACAUUGAGAUCGGCUACGUGCAGGGAAUGUGCGACCUGCUGGCGCCUCUCCUGGUCAUCCUGGAUGAUGAGGCGCUCGCGUUCAGCUGUUUCACCGAGCUCAUGAAAAGGAUGAACCAGAAUUUCCCACAUGGGGGAGCCAUGGACACCCACUUUGCUAACAUGAGGUCGCUGAUCCAGAUCUUGGACUCUGAGCUCUUUGAGCUGAUGCACCAGAAUGGGGACUACACCCAUUUCUACUUCUGCUAUCGAUGGUUUCUCCUGGACUUCAAGCGAGAGCUGGUGUAUGAUGAUGUUUUCUCUGUCUGGGAGACAAUCUGGGCAGCUGCACGCGUCUCCUCUUCGCACUAUGUCCUCUUCAUAGCCCUGGCCUUGGUGGAAAUGUACCGGGACAUCAUUUUGGAAAAUAACAUGGAUUUUACAGAUAUCAUCAAGUUCUUCAAUGAAAUGGCCGAGCGACACAACACCAAACAGCUCCUGAAGCUGGCCCGGGAUCUCGUGUACAAAGUCCAGACGCUGAUUGAGAAUAAAUGA